UAGGAUGCGGCGUUUAUACCUGUAGCCAAUUUACCUCUAGCGAUGGCGAUGACAUGUCAGGGUUUGAUGGGUACAAAUACGUAGUCUGUAAUUAUUAUCAAGCCGGUAACUACCCUGGUGAACCUCCUUACAAAACCGGAAAAGGAGGAAAGAAAACAACAGGAGGAGAAAAACCAACAGAAGGAGGAACACCAACUGGAGGAUGGGAAACAACAGGAGGAGAAACACCAACGGGUGGAUGGGAGACAACAGGAGAAGGAGGAACACAAACAGGUGGAUGGGAAACAAUAGAAGCGUAAACAACAGGAGGAGAAACUGAUAUGGAGAGUUUCUACUAAAGAAAAAGUCUUUUAAUCAUUAUGCAGAAUAAAUCAGGACUGGAUAAACAGUAAUUACGUAGAAUAAAUCUUCAAAUAAUUG